AUGGUCAGCGCCUGCCAGAUCGUGCAAGCCAUCAUCAAAGUCUAUGUGCCAUGCUGCCUGAUCGGCGCAUUUCUGUUGCAGGACCAGCCCCUCACGGCCCUGCUUGCGCCCCGCGGUCCGCUCGCGCUGUUCUCUGUCGGCCCGGCAAGCAGGCUCGACGCCGCGGCGCCGCUGGUGGGCCAAACGGCGGCGGUGGCCAGCCCGGCACCAGGGCUGGCGCCACGAACGAGGCCGACGCCGACGCUGACGCCGAAGCCGACGCCAGGGCCACCCGCAGCUGGCGAAGGCCACGGGCCUGCUGGCGGGGGCGCGGAAGAAGACGAGCCCCCGCUCCCGGCCGUCCUGGAGCACGGCUGGUUCCGUGAUUCCAGGUGUACGAAGCUCGCCAUCCCGUGGAGGGGUGCCCCCAGCAACAUAGACGUCUGGCGUCCCAACGGGUCUUGCCUCCAUACAGAUGGAAGCAAGGAGUCGUACCAGUUUGUCUGCAGCGCGUCCCUUGGGCUCGUGUUCGUGCAGAAGAUGGACCGAGAUUGCAACAGGUUGAAGCAGCAGAAUGCCAUAGCGCCCGAGAUGUGGCAGCGCAUAAAGCGGGGCGAGUGCAUCUUCUAUGGCACCGCCGAGAUGGGCAACGACGUGUACAGCCAGCUGAACACGACGCUGCCAGCAUCGUACGGAGUGGGCUGCGCGGCCUUCCCCCCCCCCCCCGCGGCCUUCUAUCGGGGACAGGGCCGGCGUCGCCUGCCCUCCCGGCUCGGCCGCGCUCGGGGUCGACGGCGGGCGCAGGCUCGAGCUGAGCCUCCUCCUCCCGUCGAAGUUCAGAGACCUCUUCGCCUCCGAGCAGGUUCAGCAGUACAGCUUUUGCAUUAA